AUGAUCUUUCGCCAAAUGCAAAUAAAAUGCAACUUUUGGUCGAAUGGCCUGACCACCAGCUCUAUGUUUCCAGGUGCAACACGAGAACAGCGAGGUCUCCGACCACGAAGAGAAAUCUACGAAGGCGGAAUCGACGAGUGCACAUACAGCUAUUCGAAAUGGGUGAUGAACAUCUUAAACCGUAUUCUUGGAGUUCAAUACAUCCCAUGUAUGCCAAAGGAAAAGAAAGGAACGAAUCGUGUGAGCGGUGAGGAGAUUCGUCUUUAA